AGUAACACAAAACUAAAAUAUAAAUUGGGUAAAUUUCUCGUUUCAUCAUUGAUUUUUGAAACUAAAUUUUUGAAAAUAAAAAAACAUAAAUAUGAAUGACACUAAAAAUUCAAUUGCUCGAGUUGAAGAAAUUUUUUCAAUUCCCUAUGACACAUCGCGUUGGGAUUAUUCUCAAUUUACAAAUCCUUAUGAGUUUCAAUGGAAAGUUGGAAUUACACCAUUUUCUAAUUGGCAGUUUGUCGUGGGUGUUUGGGCAACUUAUUUUGUGACUAUUGUCUCCUUGAAGUAUAUUAUGUCAUUUAGGGCACCAUUUUCAAUGCGAUAUAUAACAGCAAUUCAUAAUCUAUUUCUAUGUAUUGUAUCGGCUGUUAUGUGUGGAUAUGCUAUAAUUGACGUUAUUCGAAGAUAUCAGGAACAUGGCAUAGGAGAAUGCUUUUGUACCUCUGAUUCUUCUUUAGCCAAAGGAAGAAUAUCUUACGUUACCUAUAUUUAUUAUUUAUCAAAAUUUGAUGAAUUAUUUGAUACUGUGAUCUUGGUUUUAAAGAAGAAAUCUAUUAUUUUUCUUCAUUGGUAUCAUCAUGCGAUUGUCAUCCUUAUGGUUUGGUCCUGGCUUGAAGAUUCAAUUAUGUAUGCUAGUAUCGGCAUGAUUGCAAAUACUCUUGUUCAUGUGUUUAUGUACUAUUAUUACUUUUCUGCUUCAUUGGGAAGAUCCGUAUGGUUUAAGAAAUAUAUUACAACAGGACAAAUUGUACAAUUUACCAUAUCAUUUAUAUUAGCGAUACCAUAUCUUUAUUUUCAUUUUACAAAUAAUUGUCAAUUAGGUUUUGUCUCAUUUGUAUUUUCAAUGGUUUGUAAUGGAAGUUUUUUGAUAUUAUUCAUUAGAUUUUAUAAAAAAGCAUAUAAAAGUGGUGCCGGGACCAAAAGAAAAGAAAUGUAAAUAAACCAUUGAGAAAAAACCGAGUAAAAAUUUUUAAUAAACAUCCAUUAAAUUUU